AUUUUCUAUGCCCCCUCUCUUACCAGAAAGUGACCUGGAAUGGAUUUGAAUAGUGAUGGUCGCACAUAUGCCACCAGAAACAAACAGACCUAGCCUCUCUAUUCCUACUCCCUAUUCUGAUUUUAACACGAGAUAGGAUUUCAAUUUCAAGAAAAACCAAAAAAGGAAGAAAAAAUUAACUCGACCUCCCGCAAGAAAGAUAGAAAGGAAAAACAAAAACCAAAAACCCUUCCAGAUCCGAAAAUCAUUUCAAAAUUAAGUUCAAACACCAGUCCAGAACCACUCAAGAAUCUCUCUGAUCAUUUCAAUCCCCUUGCUGAUUAAUGGCGUUUUGAUUUCUCCUUCCAUAUUCUGUUCUGGGUGCUAGAGUGAAAUGGAUGCCAAUAAUACUAUAUCUGAUUCUGCAAAUGGAGUGGAGACCAGUGUUCACCAGAAACUCCCUACCUCCGGAGAAGAAGUGACUUCUGAAAAACUGAAUGAAAUUCUCAAUGCUGGUUUUGAACUUGGUGGAUCGAGCGAGAAUUUUGAAAAUCUUGUGAAACCAAAUGAUGAUGAAACCCUUGGUCGUGUACAAGAUAUCUCGGAUGACACUAAAUUGCCACCAGAUAGCAAUGAUGUAACAAUCCCCAAGGAACUUGAUGCCGAAGAAUUUGGAGAGUCUAAGAAUUCCAGACCACUGAAGGGCAUGAACAAGGCUAAGAAUGGGAAGCCUUUAAGUCAGAGACCUUCUGCAAUGUCAAGGACAAACAAGAAUACGGAUGGAAAAGAUGUGUCAAAAUGUUCUGUUGCUUCAAAUGGCACCCAUGCAUCAGAAUCACAGUCUAAACAGACUUCUCUUGGAACAAAAAACAGAUCAAACGAGGGGCAAGCUGCUGACCAAAGCACGAAACCAGAACCUGCUAGAGAUAAUGCUUACCAUUCUAAGCAGACUGUACAUUCUGAUGCAAAACUGUCUUCCACGAGUGGCAUGCAGCUUGAAGGAACUCUGGACAAGUCUAAACUGAAGCCACUCAAAAAAGGAUCCACAAAUAAAGCUGAAGAAAAUUCAAAGUCCUCAAUAAGUCGUACUGCUGGAGAUGGCAAGCCUCACAGAUUUGGUACUCUUCCGAGCUAUAGUUUCAGUUUUAGAUGUAAUGAAAGGGCUGAAAAGAGAAGAGAGUUCUAUUCGAAACUUGAGGAAAAGAUCCAUGCAAAGGAAGAAGAGGAGAACAAUAUGCAAGCCAAGACUAAGGAAACACAGGAUGCUGAGAUUAAAAGGUUAAGGAAAAGUCUGACAUUCAAAGCCACACCAAUGCCUAGCUUCUAUCAGGAACCUCCACCACCAAAGGUGGAACUAAAGAAGAUACCUACGACAAGACCUAAAUCUCCGAAGCUUGGUCGGAAAAAGAGUUCACCAACUACCAGUUCUGAAGAAAAUGGCGAUUCCAAUGCCAUCCUAGGUAGGCUAAGCUUGGAUGAGAAACUGUCACAAAAUAAUCCUACCAAAGGACCUCUGGGCCAUGUCAAGAAUUCGUCACGAAAAUCUCUUCCUCGGUUGCCUUCUGAGAAAACUACCUUAUCCAAUGAAAAGAGAAACGUUUUAUCUCAUAAGACAAUUGUAUCCAAGGAAACAAGUGAAUUUAAGUCUCGGCUGAGCAACUUAUCCCGGGAAAUGAGUGAAGCUGAAUCAAAUAUGCAAAAACAGAAGGCAGAAGUCGAACCGAUCAAGAAUGAACCCGUCAAAGAUGACGAGCCUGUCGUUGAAGCUCAAGCUCAGAUAAACCCUGUGGUGCAGGAAUCUAUUGUAGUCUGAUACUAAAUCACAGAACCAGAAUGUAAAUCUAUUAAGUUGCCUUUCAUACUCGAUCUGAAUAAGAUUCAAUCGUCCAACAAUGGGGACAUGAAGGACACUGUAUUAAAGGUUGAUGCAUCGUAUUAUCCAGAGUCGCCUAUAAGUUUAAUAGUCUGAUGUACAUUUCAAGAUUGAUCUUUAGAUCUGGGAAGAUGAUUACUGCAAUAUAUGGUUACUUGGUCAAUUUGUUGUCCUAAUUUAUGUUUCUGUCAUCUGAUGUUGAAAAGUCGAAAUUUUUGAGGAAUCCUUAUAUCCAAAUGGUUCAAGAUCUAAGUAUUGGACUGUUUUUUAUUUUGGUUUUGCAACUGCGUUGAGCUUGUAUUGCAUUUGAUGUUCUGACUAAAAACAAAUGGUUUUUUUUUUCUUUUUUCUUUUUUCUUUUUUCUUUUUUUAGUUAAGGUGUAAUACAUUUGUUUGCAGAACCCUCUUUU